GCCACCGCUCGUUGUUACCGGAGUGGCGGUGUCCUCGUCCACUUCUCUGCAAGAUGUCGGGUGGCCUCCUGAAGGCGCUGCGCAGUGACUCCUAUGUGGAACUGAGCCAGUACCGGGACCAGCACUUCUGGGGUGACAUUGAAGAACAAGAAAAAUUACUGAAGAAAAGCUGUACGUUGUAUGUUGGAAAUCUUUCCUUUUACACAACUGAAGAACAAAUCUAUGAACUCUUCAGCAAAAGUGGUGACAUAAAGAAAAUCAUUAUGGGCCUGGAUAAAAUGAAGAAAACAGCAUGUGGUUUCUGCUUUGUGGAAUACUAUUCAAGAGCAGAUGCAGAAAAUGCCAUGCGGUACAUAAAUGGAACUCGCCUGGAUGACCGGAUCAUUCGCACAGACUGGGAUGCAGGCUUUAAAGAGGGCAGACAGUACGGCCGCGGACGGUCUGGGGGCCAGGUACGAGAUGAGUAUCGGCAGGACUACGAUGCUGGCAGGGGGGGCUAUGGAAAACUGGCCCAAAAAACCAAUGAGCGGUGAGAGCCCCAUCAUGAAAAACACACUCCUCUGGCCUGUUGAAUUUGACCUACGUUACCCAAGGUCUGCAAACCUGCCCAUUUUUACCAAGCUUUGAUCAAUGUCUCUACUGAACUGGAAACCUCUGAAAAUUAUUAAAGGACAGAAUCUAAAAUAAUGCCUUUAAUUCUAUAGUCUUAGCAAUGUGUCAAGUUACUAGAAUGAUUUUCUUACCAGGUCAAAAGCUGUGUUCCCUGGCAACAGAUUUAAUCUAUAAUAUUAACCUAUCAGCCAUCAACACUAUAUGUCUUUUAGGAAGACUGGGGAAAAAAUUUUGUUUACUAUGUUGGCAUCUAAGUAAGUUCAUGGUCUACACUGGAGCCUAGAAUUAUUUUAAAAAUUUAAGUUUUUGUGAGAUAAAGUUGAAUAAAUGAGUUUUGCUAUCUUGUAUAGCUAUGCUCUAAGUUAGAAACAGAUGUUUCACAACUGAAUUUGUUUCUGUGUUGAAUUCUAAGCUCUAAAGGCAAACUUAACCAAAAUAAUUGGUGCAAAAGCUGUAGACAGUCCCAGGGGACACCACCUGCUUACAUGCUAUAUAUAAUCAGGAAAUAGGUACACGGCUUGAAGGGUAUUUACUAAACACAUUUUUCAAAAGAUGUGUUUUUCCUAAAGCUAAAAAAACCCAAAUAUUAUGGAGAACCUCAGAUACUCUAUGGGAAGUGGGUGACACUAUCAGUAGGAAAUGGGAUGAAAUUACAAAGGACGUCGUCUUGACAUAAUGAAGGUUGCUGUGAGGGCCAGGAGAUUUAGUCUUUUCAUUUCCAGAAUGAUCUUGGGAAUGGAGUGGGUUUUAAAAAGCUUGACGAUCAAGAGAAUGCCUAACAAAAACGAUCAGAAAUGCUUCCCUCAGGAAAUGUGUUUUGGUCAAUUCUCAUGUUGGAAGUCUGUCUUCUUUUUUUCCCUAAUUGUGCUUACUGAGUUUCAGAGCCUUGAUAGUGAGCUAAUGGUCUCUAUAGAGAGGGCAGUCUAGAGUAUUUAUUUUGCAUUUGUAAGGAAAGGUGAUUUCUCCCUAAUACUGUGUGAACUAUUGCUCAUUUAAAACUGCUAAUCUAGUAUAAUUUUCCCUGACACAAGUGAAAUUUUUUCAUCUAGCAACAGAGUAUCUCUAAGCUUCCCAUAGUUUGUGAAACUUGGGGCUGAAGUAUCUCAAAUGUGACACCAGUUAAAUAUAGCUUUUCUCAUUAAAUUGAAACUGGUUAUUUGAUUUUUUUUAAAGAGCUACUAGUAUAAUUACUUUUAAGUGCUUAGGAAAAAAUACUUGCAAAUAUUUAAUUUCAUGAGGACAUACUAUUCAUUUUUUAAAUUUGUUUUUACACUAGUUUGAAUUAAUAUAUUUUAUAUUCUUUUUGUAGUAAAAUAUAACUCAGAUUUCUACAGGCCUUAAAACCACAGGUUGUCUGAAUCAUGUCUUCUGUAACAGAUUUCAAUAAAGUUGGACCAACUUA